AUGGAGAAAAAGAUCACAGAUUUGGGUCAAAGCUUAAAGGAGACCCGAGCCGAAGUUGAGCGGCACAAGAAGGAGAUCGAAGAGCUAAAGUCUGGCAAGAAACGCAAGACUGCCCCUGUUGCAACUGCUGCGGUUGUGCCGGGUACGGCCGCACCUGCCGAGACAGAGCAGGUGCCUGCAGCUCCACAGCCCCAGGCCGAGGUGAAACGCAGGAAAAAGGAGAAGAAGCUAAAGGAGGUCGAAGCUUCUGAGCCCGCACCAGCCACCACAACUGAACCUGGUGAGCUGGAGCCAGAGGCUCCUGAAGCCGCCGUGGAUGAAGCGGAACGGAAGCGAAGGAAAAAGGAGAAAAAGGAGAAGAAGAAGGAGAAGAUGAAGAACAAAGAUUGA